UUUUCCCCAGAUCCGCCAUUUCAGUCCCGGAGUUUCUUGUUGCACAUUAGUUUGAGUUAAUUUCUCAUUUUAUCAUAGAAGCGGUGAAGAAUUGGGAUUUUUUUUCGUGCAGCACAAGUUCUGACAACUUCACCGCCUCUUGGAAGUCGCUGAAGUCGGGGCGUUUUUCGUCUUUUCUUUUCUUUUCUUUUCCCAGCGGCGGUGUUAGUCAACCAAAGUUUUUGUAUGAGUUGCGGAUAGGGAGAGGCGAAGGGGAAAGGCCUCAAGCCUCGCACACUGUUCCGCAGCCAUGGCCGGUAAUUUUGAUGCCGAGGACCGUGCUAGCUGGUACUGGGGCAGACUGAGCCGCCAGGAAGCCGUUUCCCUCCUGCAGGGACAGAGGCACGGCGUUUUCCUGGUCAGGGACUCCAUCACCAGCCCCGGGGACUACGUGCUGUCCGUCUCAGAGAACUCCAAAGUGUCCCAUUAUAUAAUCAACAGCUUCAGCAACAACCGGCAGUCCGGCUCAGGUUUGGCUCCUCCUCGGUUUCGGAUCGGGGACCAGGAGUUCGACGCGUUGCCGGCCCUGCUCGAGUUCUACAAGAUCCACUACCUGGACACCACUACUCUCAUAGAGCCUGUCAGCAAGGCCAAGCACACGGGAUUCAUCAGCUCCUCCGCUGGCGUCCCGCAGCAGCCCGAGGAGGCCGAGUUCGUCCGGGCGCUGUUCGACUUCCCCGGCAACGACGAGGAGGAUCUCCCCUUCCGCAAAGGAGACGUCCUGCGUGUCCUGGAGAAGCCCGAAGAACAGUGGUGGAACGCUGCUAGCCAGGAGGGCCGGGUUGGGAUGAUCCCCGUGCCCUACGUGGAGAAGUACCGACCCGCCUCGCCCACUGCUUCCGGCCUGGGACCCCCUGCUGUGGGGACUGGACAGGUUGGAGGGCUAGCGGGGAGCACAGAUGGAACGGGGGUUCCUCAGACCAACCCCCUGGGGGACCCGGGCCAGUACGCUCAGCCUGUGGUCAACACUCAGCUUCCCAACCUACAGAACGGGCCUGUGUUUGCCCGAGCCAUUCAGAAGAGGGUGCCCAACGCCUACGACAAGACGGCGCUCGCUCUGGAGGUGGGAGACAUGGUGAAGGUGACCAAGAUCAACGUGAACGGCCAGUGGGAGGGCGAGUGUAAAGGCAAGCGAGGCCACUUUCCCUUCACCCACGUCCGACUGUUGGAACAGCACCAUCCUGACGACGAGAGCUGAGAAGCACGCGUCCUCGCCUCCAGCACACUCCUCUGGCCAUUUGUCACACUCGGAAACACAAAGAUUUAUACAAGCACACAGCAUAUGAACCUACGAGCUGAAGCGGUCGGCCUCCCCGGGCCCUGCCAGCACAAGGCGUGUUGGCUGAUCUUGCCUAAAGUCAUUUUCAUGGACGUCAGUCAUGCUAAGAGUUUACACUAAGGUCAGACGGAUAUCGGUUUGCCUAUAUUAGCUUCUUAUUUUUGUUGUCUUUAAGUCACCUGACCAAGCGUCACUGUUGGCUUCUUCCUUGUCGACGCCACUUCAGACACCUGGCACAACACAGUUUUGUUUUUUUUCCAAGUAGAUGGCAUCGUUUAUUGGUUUAGUGAUGUUUUAUUUUAAAGUGGCACAGCUAGAAUCACACUGGAAGGUCAGCUAUCAGUUUCACAUCUGUGCAUCCAGCAGAAAUGAGUCGGCAAAGAACGAGACUAUAACAACAAGUAGCUGCAUCCACUGUUUGUGUCACGUCAGUUGAACAGAUACAGGAGCAUUAAGACUUUGUUUUUAGGGCGCUUUUUUACAUUUAACCUUUUCGGUCCGGCUCAAACUAACUAGUGCGUUCACCUGGACAGUGGACACAAUGCGGGAAGAGUCCGGCUUUGGUUCAGUCGUACUCUGGAGCAGCUUGUUUGUGGUUCAAAAGCACAGCGGGUCAAUAAGAAGGUCCUGACCAAAGACACUUGUGCAGGUUUCCUCCAGGAGUCGUCAGAAACGCGCUGAUUAAAUUCUCCAAAGUAGCUUCGACCAGGACGCUGGCUCAGAGCGCAGCAGCUGCUGAUACUACAGACAGGUUAAAUGUCUCUAUGAGGACCAGUAAAGGAUGACUUUAACAGGAUUUUUAAAUUAAAUUAAACGUGAUUUAGUCUCUACUGAUUGUGAACUGUCAAGAUGAUCUCCUCAUCAGUCUAUAAAGUGAGCUAUAUAAGUUUGCAAGAUAAUCUGGUAAACUGACUUCUCCUCUAGCCAAAGGAGAGUGAGCAGCGCCAAAGAGAAAAGAAAAACUGAACACUUUUAUUUGUGUAGGUUUCAUUUACUCAAGCAUAAUGUACGUUUUGGUUCAUCAACUGGUCCGAAGUAACAAGAAAGUGCUGAAGUUUCUGCCAUUUCAGGCCUGAAAAAAUCCUGUCUUCCAUUAGUGAACAUGAAUGAAGUCAGAUUGAUCCUCCCCGUGUGCUAAGCAGCUAUUCAUUUAACAGCAGGUGAAGCAAAGCGAACACAACGCUUCUGUUUGAGCCCUGCUUCCUCCUAACAAGCACUGCAAUCGAUGUCUUAACUAAUGUUUGUGUCUUCGGGAUGACGCUUCAUAUCACUGCACAGCUGUUGGUAUUAAACUCAUGUCAGCAGAAAAUGGACCAAAAGGUGAAAAAAAGUUUAUUUUGGUUGUUUGGUCCGGACCGAAUAAAUCCAGCCACAGGCGUGAAA